AUGAAGCUGCUGUAUCCACAUUGGCAGAAGACCCUGGCAAUCAACGCCGCAGCCCGAAACACUCUGAUCCCCCACAUCAUUGUCGAGUUAGUUGGGUUCCAACCAAGUGAAGCCUACAAUUAUAUCAAGCACGCGUAUAAGACAUUCGACUUCAAGAAACGCUACGUGCCAACAGAUCUCAGUCAACGCGGAUUCCCUCCUGAGAAACUCAACCAACCAAAAUUCCACAACUACGCUUAUGCCAGAUGUAUCUACAGCAUGUGGCACAAGAUCCGGUCAUACGUCGAAGACAUGCUCAGGCUAGACUAUCCCCAACCCGGUGCAGAACAAAAAGUCCUACACGAUGACCGCAUUCAAGCUUGGUCUGCCGAGAUGCGAAGUCCCACGGGUGCAGAUCUGCCCUCUUUCCCGACAAUCAGCACAUUCGCCGAACUCGUGGACUGCGUGACAAUGUGUAUUCACAUCGCCUCUCCCCAACAUACUGCGGUGAACUAUCUGCAAAAUUACUAUCAGUCAUUUGUUGUGAAUAAGCCUCCCUGUCUGUACACCGAGCCCCCUUCCUCACUACAGGAUCUGCUCCACUACGCAGAGAAAGAUCUUGUCGACGCACUGCCUAUGAAUCACACUCGAGAAUGGCUUCUAGCAUCACACACACCAUAUCUCCUCAGCUUCAAACCGGGUAAUAAAGAAAGCCUUAUUGUCUAUGCUGCUUCAAAGUUUCGUGUAUAUCGCAACAAGACGUCUCAAGCGGAUGUUGCUAUCGCAAAAGCGACAGGCAAGUUUUACACGGCGCUGGCUGAUAGCGAGGAGGAAUUCAGGGGUUAUGGGCAAGCGACGGAUGAUUGGGGCACGAUACCGUAUGAGGUGCUGAGCCCGGAGUGGAAUGCGGUCUCGAUCUUGAUCUAA